AAUUUUAUAUUGACUUAAUGUCAUUGACAAAAACAUACAGGAUCACUAUAACCUGUACGGGUUAAUGAAAAUUAUUAUUACUUAUCAAAUUAUCGAAAAUUAUCACAUAUAUUUAAAAAAUAUGGAUAUCUCGUUGGACGAUAGAUUAAACGUAUUACAGCAAAUAAGUCAACAAAAACUCGUUGAAAUAUUAGACGCGAUCCCCGGAACGAAAGACUUAGUGAUAGAACAAAAACUUAUGAAAAUUUUGGACAGUUUUGUAGGCGUUUCUGUACUCAAACGUUAUGGUGUUGAAAAGAUUUAUAAAAUGGAACAAGGUUUAAAGCUUUCAAAUACUCAACAUAUAUUUUUAAUUUCAAGUGAUCUGAUUGCUUGCAAAAAGGUAUUAGAUCAAAUACAAUCAGAGAUUACAUAUGAGACUUUAGAUAUCAAACCACAUAUAAAGCCAAACCAUCAUAUUUUAGUUACCCCAUUUGUACCUACUGUCCUUAAUUCUAUAAUUGAAGAAGAGGGGUUAUCUGGACUGGUUACAUUACAAACAAUAUCCUGGGAAUUCAUCAGAUUAGAUGGAAACAUCUUAUCUUUAGAAAACUGUAUGUUUAUUGAUCUUUACUAUCACAAAGAUACUACUCUACUACCAGCAUUAGCACGUGGCUUAUGGUCACUACAACUUAUACUUGGUUCACCCAAGCUGACACUUACCUUUGGAAAGUACAGUCAGCAAAUGCUUAAAAUUAUGCAAUCCAUGAAACAAUGCUUAGGCUCUUCUAGUAUUGAAAAUGAAAUAGGAGCUUUAAUUAUAAUGGAUAGGAAUUAUGAUUUAGUCACGCCACUUUUAACUCCUGUGACUUAUGCUGGAUUAUUACAUGAAGUAGUGGAAAUAAAUGUUGGUACAGGUACUUUAGGCAAUUCUCAAACCAAACUAGAUCCAGACAAAGAUCAAAUUUAUGGAGAAGUAAGAGAUACACCAUGCAGUGAAGUUUUUCCAAUUUUACAUGGAAAAGCUAAAUCUUUAAAAUCGGAACAAAAUGCAAUACAAACAAUGAAGUUAUCUGAAAUGGAACGAUACGUAGCAACAAGAUUACAAAAGACUAGAGAUUUAAUGCGACAACUUGCUUUUCAUAUUUCUGCUUGCCAACUAAUAGCAGAUACAUUAAGUUCUGACUUUCAAACCUUACAAAAAAUAGAAAAAUGUAUACUCGAAUGCAAAGAAAGAAAGGAGUGUUUGAAUCACAUUGAAAGAUACAUAGAUGAACAUCCACUGAGAACUUUACGUUUAUUUUGUUUAUUGUCAAUUACAAGCGAUGGAAUUACUCAAACUGAGCUGCACUCCAUACAAAAACUUCAUCUUCAUGCUCAUGGUUAUAAGCACAUACCAUUAUUUUAUAAAUUGCAAAAUAUAGGUUUAUUAAAAUGCAGAUCAGAAAACAUCUUGCAUAAAUUGCCAAAUUGGAAUAGUGAAUGGAGCAACAAUGCACAGAAGUUAAAACUGUUACCUAGCUACUUUAAACAAACAGAACAGAAAAGCCGUUUGGGUCCAAGUUAUGUAUUUAAUAAUGUUUAUGUGCCAUUAAUUGCUCAAAUAUUAAAUACUGUUGUAAAUCAAGAAAGAGAUUCCAAAAGCCUCGAAGAAUUAACAAAUUUAUCAAACUGUGUUAUAAGUGGUCAACGUGGUUUAUUAUCACCAAAAAUAGUAGUAAUAUGCAUUGUUGGUGGCAUUACUUAUGCCGAAAUAACUGCUUGUAGAUUUAUAGAAAAAUCAACUGGAAUUCGACUUGUAUUAACAUCGGAUAAUAUAAUAACAGGUAAUAAAAUACUUGAAAAAGUACAAGACAUAUAAACAUCUUAAAGAUGAUAAUUAAAAAAUUGUAAUAACAUUGUUAUUUUUGUACGAUAAAUUGGGU